AUGGAGUCAAAGAAUGUUCACUUCAUGACGGAAAAUGAGUUGGGUUCACUAAACUUGGAGACAAGCAAUGGGUCGUCCGGCAACAAUACAGUACACAGUGUGCACACCGGCAACUCAAUCGCGACUACCUCAUCAAGCUCGUCAAGCUCGUCGAGUUCAUCAUCAAGUGCAUCCUCGUUUCAUCGCUCGUAUCACCCACGAGAAUUAUGGGAGAAUUUCCGAGAUGGGUUCAAGUCAUUUGACUACACCACCUUGCCGCCCGUGUAUUUGGAGCAUUUCAAACAGCAAUCACAACAGCCUCAAAAGGAACAAGUCGAGGCGGUGUCUUCGUUACAGGAUCCCAACCGCAACACGACAUUCAACAGCAUUCAACGUUUACUAGAUCCAGAAACGGCAAGCAAGGAAGCGACGUUGCACCCUGCCCACCCUAACUUCGACUACUCCAAGUUUUCGCAAUUGGAAAGAGAUGCGCUCGUGACGGCAAUGAGCCCCUUGAGCAAAAGGUUGGGCACAAGACAUUUAACCUAUAUUUCACUCGGGGCAAGUAUCGGAACUGGACUAUUUAUAAGUAGUGGCACAUCACUACAGGCGGCGGGUCCGCUUGGCUUGUUGUUGACAUGGGCGUUUGUCGGCAGCUUGGUGUUUGCAACCAUGUCGGGUCUCAGCGAAUUGGCCACGGCUUUCCCCGUUAGCGGUGCAUUUGUGACUUUCCCUUCCUUGUUUAUUGAAAAAUCAGUGGGGUUUGCCAUUGCCUGGAAUUACGCGUUGCAAUGGCUUGUCACGAUGCCUUUGGAGUUGGUGGCGGCGUCCAUGUGUAUUCAAUACUGGAACCGACAUUUGCACCCUGCGAUUUUCGUUACCGUGUUUUACAUCGUGAUUGUUAUCAUCAACUUGUUUGGCAUUCGAGGUUACGGCGAGAUUGAGUGCGCCAUGAGUCUAAUCAAAGUGUUGGCCGUGGUGGGGUUCAAUAUCCUUGCCGUGAUCAUCGUGGCUGGCGGUGUCCCGGGGCAACCCUACAUUGGUGGCUCCAACUGGCAUGCGCCCAAGGGAGGCUUGUUCAACACAGUGGAGCCGUUUAAGCAAAUGUGUUUUAUCAUCUCGAGUGCCAGCUUUGCCUUUGCCGGGUUGGAGUUGUUUGCCUUGGGUGCCGCCGAGUCGUCAACGCCAAAAGUAUCCAUCAACAAGUCGCGCAAACAGAUUCUUUACCAGAUUGUCAUUUUCUAUUUGGUCAGCUUGGUCAUGAUCGGAUCCUUGGUUAGUUACAAGACGCCGCAAUUGGGCAUGUCGAGAGACGGAGGCAUUGGCAUCGACGUGAAUACUUCACCUUUUGUCAUUGCCAUUAAGAAUGCCCAUAUUAACGUGCUUCCUUCAAUAAUGAAUGCCGUGGUGAUCAUCACUGUGCUUUCAGUCGGCAAUGCCUCGGUAUAUGCUUCCACGAGAGUUCUUUCCGCGAUUGGCGCAUUAAGCCAAGGACCAUCAUUCCUCAGGUUCAUUGACCGUAAGGGCCGUCCCAUGGGUUGUCUCCUUGUGCAAUUUGCAUUUGGUCUCCUCGCGUAUCUCGUGUGCAUCCCGGGAGCCUCGACCACCGCUAGCAUCUUUGGCUGGCUCUUGAGUUUGAGCGGCUUGAGUGCGCUCUUUACGUAUCUAUCGAUAAACAUUUGUCACUUGAGAUUUGAGCGGGCGUUAAACUACCAAGCUAGGCCACCUAAGCGGGAAUUGCUAUACGUGUCGCCUCAGUGGUGUUCCUGGUAUGCGAUCGUGGCCACGUUGACGAUCUUGGUGUUGCAGUUUUGGGCCGCGUUGUGGCCACCGGGAAACCACGGCAGGGCCAACGCCACAAUUUUUUUCCAAAUCUAUCUUAGUUUGCCGGUUCUCCUAGUCAGUUAUGUGGGACACAAGGUCUAUGAGAAAGUGGUUAAUGGUGUACCGUUGACCAAGUUGUGGCUUUCUGUCGAUGAGAUUGAUGUCGACUCUGGUAGAAGACAAGUUGAUUUGGAAGUUGUUAAGCAGGAGAUUGCCGAGAGGAGUGAUUAUCUAGAGUCGAAGCCGUGGUGGUUCAGGCUCUAUCAUAUCUUUUGCUGA